AUGACCACAGCCGCGAUGAGUGAAAUCGAUUUCUGUCUGGUUCCAGAACAAGAGGAGCAAGGAACGAAGGCUGAAACAGCUCACAUCGAUGGGCCGAGGUCCAUUCUUCGGUGGCUCUCGGAAGAUGAGGGGCUUCCCGAUGAACCUCAGCCCAGGAGGACUCGAGGAACCACCAGGAGGUUUCCCUUACUUCGGUUCGGAGGCAAAGUUCGAAUUCGGCUACCCACCCCAGGGAUUCCACCACGAAUUCUUUCACCACGGCCCGCCACCACAGGGCUUACCUUUCAACCCCUCCGUAAAUCACAUCAAAUCACCUUUACCAUUAGUCGUAAAGCUAUGACUUGCUGUCCUACAGUAUCCUUUAAUAACACCCCACUUAUCCCUCUUGACAAAAAUCCGAUACCUAACUCUCGAUGUUGA